AUGAUUUUAUGAGCAAUUGUCAUAAUUGUUUAUGCAGAUUGCCAGAAUUUAGAGCAUAUUAUAGUUCAUGGUAAUGUUGAAGACCUUGGAUAUUAUUACAUUGAUAUUUUUGUAGGAAAUCCUCCAGCUAAGCAAUCAGUAUAGGUAAUUCCUAUAAUCUGCCCUAUAAGGGAAUGAAAUUGGAGAAGUUCCAUCUCAAAUUUCCUGUCUUUUAAGGGCAUUUUAUAGGAAUUAUCUAUAAUUAUUGACACUGGAAGUAGACUUACAGCAUUCCCUUGCAAAGGCUGUAAAACCUGUGGCCAACACAUGAAUCCAUAUUUUGAUUUUGACAAAUCCCAGACUUCAAAAUUUGUAGCGUGCAAUGAUUCUGAAUUCUGUACAAACUGCAAUGAUGAUAAAUGCGAAUAUAAAAUAAGCUACGCUGAAGGAAGCAUCAUUUCUGGAUUGAUGAUAGAAGAUUAUAUUCUUAUUGGAGAUGAUAAAGAACACUUAGCAAAUAUUUCAUAUAAAUUUGGCUGCCAUCAAGAAGAAACAAAUUUGUUCAAAUCACAAAAAGUAGAUGGAAUAAUGGGCUUAGCAUUCAGCCAUAAAAAAUCAACGAUUGUUGAUCAGAUAUAUAAGAAUUCUGACUCAUCUGAAAAUCUAUUAGCAAUAUGCUUGGGAAAAGAUGAUGGGUAUAUGACAAUAGGUGGAUAUAACCAAUCAUUGCAUUUUGAUACUAUUAAAUGAACUAAAUUAUAUGAAGACUUAUUUUAUACAAUUGGGUUGAAAUCAGUAUCAAUUGGAUAUCAAAUAUUACCUAUCGAUCUUAAAAAAGCCCACAAAAGUAAUUUAUAAAUAGAAACAAUAAUAGACUCAGGAACAACUUUUGUAUAUUUCAUUCAAGAAAUGUAUAAAGAAUUUUGAGUUGUUUUUGAAAAUUAUUGCAAAAAUGAUAACUUUUGUGAUGGAGAAGUUAUUAUUAUUAACAAUGAGCCAAAGUCUUGCUAUAAGCGUAAUAAAGAGAAACAUCAAAGUAUUUAUGAAUUUUUUGAUACGUUUCCGACUAUAUCGAUGACUAUUGAUAAAAUUAUUAUUAAUUGACUGCCAGAAAAUUAUUUAUUUUCAUAUCCUGAGUAUGCAGAUAUAUAUUGCGUUGGGAUUUAUAGCACACAAGAAGAUAUUAUUGUUCUUGGGAAUAUAUUUAUGAGAGGAAUGGAAGUCAUUUUUGAUAGAAGUGAAAGCAGAGUUGGGUUUGCAGAAUCUUCAUGUGAUCCACUUUUAAUUCAUGGCAACUCAGGUGCCGCACAUGAGCGUCACAAAAGGGACCUGUUAAAAUCAUCCAGAUCUGAUUCAUAUUUUAAUUUAGGGUUAUCAAUAACUGCUUUUCUUGUAUUUUAUUCAAUUUACUUAGUUAUGAAAAAAUCAAAGUUAUGGAAAAAAGAAUAG